AUGGCGUUCCGCUCCUCCUCCGCCGUGCGCUCGGGCCUCGCCAGCGUGCUCAAGAAGCGCCCCGACGACGUCGUCUUCACCACGGCGCUGCGCACGCCUGUGGCGCGCCUCGGCAAGGGCUUCAAGCACGCUUACCCCGAGGAGCUGCUCGCCUUUGUGCUGCAGCGCACGCGCGAGCGCCUCGAGAAGCGCGGCGUCGACAUCAACAUCAUCGAGGACAUCUGCACCGGCACUGUGCUUGCUGAGCUCGGCGGUGCCAAGAGCGGCCGUCUCGCGGCGCUGCACGCCGGCAUGCCCAUCAACUCGUCCUACUACACGACGAACCGCCAGUGCGCCUCGUCGCUGCAGAGCAUCACCAACAUCGCCAACUCGAUCCGCACGGGCGAGAUUGCGUGCGGCAUUGCGUCGGGCAUGGAGAGCAUGACGCGCGACUGGGGCACCAAGGCCAUCCCCGUGCGCCUCUCGCCCGCCAUGGCCAACUCGCACUCGCAGGAUGCGCGCGACUGCCUCAUGAGCAUGGGCAUGACGUCGGAGAACGUGGCGGAGCAGUACAACAUCGGGCGCGAGCGGCAAGACCGCUUCGCUGCGCAGAGCCAGGCGCGCGCGCUCGCGGCGCAGAAGGACGGCCGCCUGGCCAGCGAGAUUGAGCCGAUCACCGUGCGCUGGGUCGAGGAGGACGGCACGGAGACGACGCGCGAGGUGUCGCUCGACGAGGGUAUCCGCGCCUCGACGACGUACGAGUCGCUCGCCAAGCUCAAGCCCGUGUUCAAGGAGAACGGCGGCAGCACGGCGGGCAACUCGAGCCAGGUCUCCGACGGCGCCGUCGCCAUCACGCUGGCGCGCCGCGACGUUGCGGAGAAGGCCGGCAUGGAGAUCCUUGGCCGCUGGGUUGGCGCGGCGACGCGGGGUGUCAAGCCGGACGUCAUGGGCAUUGGCCCGGCCAUCGCCACGCCCAAGCUGCUUGAGCGCUUCGGCCUCAAGGCAUCCGAGAUCGACCUGUGGGAGAUCAACGAGGCCUUCGCCUCGCAGGCGCUCAUGACCAUCGACACGCUCGGCCUGGACGAGGCGCAGGUCAACGUCAAGGGCGGUGCCAUCGCCCUUGGCCACCCGCUCGGCGCGUCGGGCGGCCGUCUCAUCACCAGCCUGCUCGCCGAGCUGCGCCGCACCGGCAAGCAGACGGGUGUCGCGACGCUCUGCUGCGGCACCGGCUACGGCAAGGCCACGCUCGUCGUCGCCGAGUAGACACCAAAAGAGGGGCGCCGUGCGCGCGCGCAUCGCCAAGGGG